GGCCUCCGCGGCUCUAGCGGCUCCCGACCCUCACGCAUGAUACGAUCCCGGCCGCUCCUCAGGUUUGGAGACGUUGCAAACACGGAAAAUCCGCUGGGCCGCACGCAGAACAUCCCUGCAAGCGAAAAGUUGCAGACAGCUGUGAAUGAAGUGAACAGAGCUGGGGUAACAGAUUUCUUCUUGACUAUGUGAAUACUGAGUGGGAAGCAGUGGUGGAGUCUGGCAUGGAGGAGAUCCCAGUUAAAGUUGCAGUCCGAGUCAGACCUCUGCUUUCCAAAGAAAUACUUCAUAACCACCAAGUGUGUGUCAGAUUAGUGCCAAAUGCUAAACAAAUUAUCAUUGGAAAGGACCAUGUCUUCACUUUUGAUUUUGUAUUUGGCAAAAACUCAACCCAAGAAGAAGUUUAUGCUGUUUGUAUUAAGCCUCUUCUAGUGUCUCUGACUGAAGGAUACAAUGCUACAGUGUUUGCCUAUGGACAGACUGGUUCUGGGAAGACUUACACUAUCGGUGGUGAUCACAUUGCAUCAGUUGCAGUGGAUGAAAGGGGCAUAAUCCCACGGGCUAUUCAGGAAUUAUUUCAUCAUAUUUCUGAACAUCGUAAUAUUAACUUCCGUGUGAAGGUAUCCUAUAUAGAGGUUUACAAGGAAGAACUUCGAGAUUUGUUGGAUUUGGAGACCUCUGUGAAAUAUCUACAUAUUCGAGAAGAUGAGAAGGGAAAUACAGUGAUUGUCGGUGCUAAGGAAUUCCAAGUAGAAUGUGCAGAUGAAGUAAUAAGCCUGCUGGAAAGUGGCAAUGCAGCUCGUCACACAGGCACAACACAGAUGAAUGAGCACUCUAGUCGAUCUCAUGCCAUUUUUACCAUCAGUAUUCAUCAGAAGCAGUCUGCAGAGUAUCAGAAUGCUGCACAGGAUUCAAUUUCUUCAAAGUUUCAUUUUGUGGAUUUGGCAGGAUCAGAGAGGGUAGCAAAGACUGGAAAUACUGGUGAACGCUUCAAAGAAUCAGUUCAGAUCAAUAGUGGUCUCUUGGCCUUGGGAAAUGUCAUCAGUGCCCUUGGAGACCCAAAAAGAAAAAGUGUACAUAUUCCAUACAGAGAUGCUAAAAUCACUCGUAUUCUGAAAGACUCCCUAGGAGGAAAUGCCAAGACUGUUAUGAUAGCAUGUAUAAGUCCAUCCUCACUGGACUUUGAUGAAUCUUUAAAUUCCCUCAAAUAUGCCAACAGAGUAAAAAACAUUAGAAAUAAACCAGUAGUAAAUUACAACCCAGAAAAAGACCGAAUUGAUGAAAUGGAACUUGAAAUCAGAUUGCUUCGGGAAGCUUUGCAGAGCCAGCAGGCCCGUAAUCAGCAGUUACAUGACUUAAAUGAAGAAAAAGCCCGUAUCAGUUCACUUGAGGAGCAGCUCACUCGCCUUCAGGCUCAAUGUUUCAGUUACAGAAAUUGUGUAGAUGAAGCCUUACCUUUUCUGGUUGAUUUGUAUGAUGAUGUUAGCUUAAGAAGAAGUCAGCGGGACAGGUUGCAGAGCUGGAUCACUAUGGUACAGAAAGUAAGGAAGGAAGCUCUCACCAUCCAGGAGCCUGACACAGGCACUGAGACCAGCCCAGUACCACAUCACAUUACAAUACUUCAACUGAAGAGGGAACUAAAGAAAUGCCAGCAGGUACUAGUUAUGGAUGAAGAACUAUUUAGCCAGAAGAAUCAUGAAGUGCAGAUACUGCAGAAUCAGAUAAAGACAUUACUACAAGAAAAGAAAGAACAACAGGAACUUUUAAAGGAGGCUCAAGAAACACAAAGACUACAGAUUGAGAAAAUGGUGGAACAGCACAUAGUCAUUGAUCAGCUAAAAUUGAAAUUAGAGAAGUUCACAGAUGUGAAAGCUUUAGAUUUCCCAAGUGCUUAUGAAGAUGGGCCAGCUGUCAUGGCAUUUGCUAAGAGGGGCUACGGUGUCCCAGUAACAAAAAACCUGCCUUCAGAGACAGAGAUCCAAAAGGGGUAUACCAGCCCCCCCAUCUUGUCUCUGGCCCAGAUAAUGGCAGAAUUCCAUAUUCGCAGGCAGAUUAUACUGACCAAGUUAGAAGAUCAAGAUGAAGUCCUUCACUGCCACCUCUCUGAUCAGAGUGAUGAAGAGGAAGACAAUACAGGCAGUGAAGAGAAAACCUCAUAUCAGUGUUCCAUAAACCGAACAUGGACACAAAAUCAUACUUCUCUGUGCUUCCUUCCUGAUGUAAGUGACAUGAAAUGUCCAGUAGACAGGUCUGGUGUGUCCAAUAAAUCUGCACUACAAACCGACACAACUACAGGUGAAGAGAUUGACAGCCUCCAGAAAAUCCAUGUUUUUAACAUGCAGAAGUUAAAGAAUUCAGAGUUGAGACUUGCUAAGGCUGAGCAAAAAAUAAGAGAACUUGCACUUAAUAUCAAAAGGAAAGAGGAACUUAUUAAGGAGUUAGUGAGAACAGGUAAGGAUGCUCAGUCUGUAAGCAGGCAGUAUUCUUUGAAGAUAAGUAUACUGGAGCAAGAAAUUGAGCAGGCCAAAAGAGAACUGGCUGAAGCACAAACGCAGCUUCAGGAGCUGGACAGUAAAGAGCUGAGAGAUACUCCUGAGAAAGUCAUGUUACUGAAAGAGUGCCAGAAGAAGAUGGAGGCAGCUAAGUUGAAACUGCAGACCUUACAGAAGAAGCAGCAAGAUACCAAGAAUUUGGCUUCAUUAUCUAACCAAAGUGAGAGAGAAGCAAGAGACCUUGAGCAGAAAGUGGCUCAGAUGAAGCAUCAGCAAUCCCAGAUGCAAAAGAGACUGUGUGAGGAGAGUGAAAAGAAAAAGCAACUGGAAGCAGAGCUUCAGCAGGACCAGCAACAAAUUAAAGAACUUCAGCUUAAGAUGGAGCAACAACAGAUGAUCCUCAAAAUUAAGGAUAAAGAAAUUGCUGCUUUUAAAAAGAAGAAAAAAAACUCAGUGGGAGCUCCACAGAAACUACAGAAAUUAGAAGAGCAGAAGAAGUGGCUGGAUGAAGAAAUGGAAAGAAUUCUUCAACAGCACCAACAGUUAGCAGAACUAGAAGAAGAUUUAAAGAAAAGAGAAGCCAUUGUAGCGAAAAAAGAAGCAUAUAUGCAAGAGAAAAGCUACCUGGAAAUCAAGAAACUGAGAUCUAGCCAGGCUUUGAACAAAGAUAGCAUGAAAUUGUCUACCCGCUUAAGUAUUCUGGAUCAGGAGCUGUGUGAUAAAAGUAUGCAGCUUCAGGGCAGCACCACUGACAAGUCAGACAUUUUGGAAAAAAUUCAGGCUCUCCAAAUGGAAAGGGAUCAGCUGCUCAGAAGGAGAAAUAGUAUGGAUGAGAAACUGAAAGAUGGUAAAGUGUUGUCAACUGAAGAAGAACAUAUUCUUUUCCAGCUAGAAGAAGGAAUUGAAGCCCUUGUAGCUGCAAUUGAUUACAAGAAUGAAAGUAUUCAUAAUCGCCAGCACUUACUUUGGUCAUCUUCUCAGAAUCUUUCACAGAGCAAGCAUAAUGUAAUAGGGAAACUAGUUUCCCUGUCUGCUGCUGAACUCAGAGCUAUCAUCAUCAGUUAUUUCAACAAGAUUGUUGGCCUGCGUGAGUCUGAACGAAAAUUACAAGUGCAGAUUGAAGAACAGGAAAUGAAGUCCAUACACCAGAAAAACAUGAUGCGUGAAUUAGAAUCUGCACUUGAACACAUCAAGUUGCAGUGUGACAGGCAGCUGACUCACCAGCGCCAAGAACAUGAGAAAAAAAUACAGUUUAUACUGAAUAAUUUCAAAGAACAAAAUAGUGAAGGUAUUGCAGAAACCCUGAAAGGGUAUGAAGUAAAAAUCCAGCAACUGGAAAAAGAUUUAUUUUUCUAUAAGAAAACCAGUAGAGAGCUGAAGAAGAAAUUGAAGGGCCUUCUUGGAGAGUCAUCUGAAUAAUUAUUGCCAUCCAGUAAAUAAUCCAGAUGUACAACAAAGCUAUUCAUGUGGAGGAGAAAAGAAGGUUCCGUUUCAUCACUGUUUCAGUUGUCUCAUACCUCUCAAUGCCACCACAGUACCUCACAUACCCAAUAUAGCCUUCUUGGCCUGUUGGUGUUUCUUUUUAAGGCUCAGCAAGACUGGCUCUUCCUCCCAAUGGAUGCUUCUGUUUCUUUCCACUCAGUGCCGUGCCUUCCUACAGAGAGAUGCUGAUCUCACACCUCUACUUCCAGAGUGAAUUAGGGCUCGGCCCUUUCCCUCUAGGCAAAAUAAUGAGCCUGCACAUUCAUUACUAUAAAGUACACCAUCAAACUGUGAACAGGAAGAUUCCAGAGACUGGAUAAUAAAAGAGGAUGGGAAAGACUAUUCUGUGUCUAGUAUACACAGAAGCAUGUAGUUUAGGAUAUGUAUCUAUGUGGGCAAACACUUAUCCUUGGCAAAUUGUAGCAGUGGGAAGAAGGGAGAACGUCCCUGUAAACUUCCAACUUUUUUCCAAUGCAUAUAUUUGCAAGUUUUAUAAGAGGUACUCCACAUCUAGUUAUUUUUCUUUUUAAUACAUUAUGAAACAUGUUGCUCUACAAUGCAAUAAAACCAAAAUUUGUUACUGGGCUUUAGAAAUAAUAAAAUCCAUUUGUAUAUUGCA